AUGACAGCUAGUGAUAUAGCUGGUUCGUUCUUCAAAUAUGUGUCAAUCCCAGUCGCUGUUGCGGUUGGGUUAUAUGCGAUCCUGCUAGGGUUACUCACAACGUCAACAUUCCAAUCACAUGUCGUUUAUCUACACACGAUUCAGAUGACAUGGUUCAAAGACCUCAAUGUCCCCGAAACCUUUGGGUUCAUGAGGAACCAGGUCACUCCGUUUUCCAUUAGAACGACGGACGGCGAAUGGCUGUACGCUUGGCAUAUUCUUCCUGUGGAAUUAUAUCGCAAGCACCAAAUGCCUCUUAUCAAAGAGCCAGUAGGCUUUGUAUCCGACAUCAAGUCUCGACUGGCAUUUCAAUUAUUGCGGGAGGACCCCGAGGCUCGUUUGAUUCUUCAUAUGCACGGCGCUGGGGGAACCGUCGCCUCGGGCUACCGGGUCCCAAAUUAUCGUGCGCUCUCAGCGGGCAAUCCUGGGAAAAUUCAUGUUCUCACAUUUGAUUACCGAGGAUUCGGCAAGAGUACUGGGAUGCCAUCUGAGACCGGGCUCACAAUCGAUGCCCUUGCCGUGGUGGACUGGGCAAUGAAUAUUGCAGGCGUCCCUCCAUCUCGAAUUUUGAUAUUUGGUCAAUCCAUGGGCACGGCCGUGAGCAUCGCUGUGUCCAAGCAUCUUGCUGUACAGAAUCCACCAGUAGUCUUCGCAGGCACAGUCCUAGUUGCACCGUUUGUGGACGUCGCGACAUUAGUCUCAACUUGUCGAGUCGCGGGUACCAUUCCAAUCUUGUCGCCGGUUGCAAGGUUCCCUUUCCUCUUCAAAUAUCUUCAGCGAUUUAUUCGAGACAAGUGGCUGAGCAAGGAUUCUAUUGCGCAAUAUAUCCGGGCUAACGAGCUGAACGGAGAAAAAUACCGAAUUAUGAUAAUCCACGCCGAGGAUGACUAUGACAUUCCAUGGCACCAUUCUGAACUUGUGUUUUGGCAUGCGGUCAAUGCUUCAAUGCCGGCGGGGAUCAGUUACGACGAUCUUGAACAAAAGAAGCUCGACUCAAAAGCAGAUCUGGGAGCUGCCGGGUCUAUGAUGGAAUGGAAAACAGAGAAUGGGGUCAUUCACGAAGAAAUUUUGAAAACUGGAUUGCACGAUGUGAUCAUGGGGUACCCAGUAGUCACAAUGGCCGUGAUGCGAUUUCUUGAGGCGGCAGAUCCAUCAUUCACGCCCUGA